AGGCAGACUACACAUUUCGUCUCUAAACACUGAGCUGAAUAGCUGAUAUCACGAUAACGUGAAACGAUGCUGGAUAUGCCUGAACGGGCUUUUAAGCCUUCAAAUGGCGAUCAAAUACUAGAUUGUGACAUGGACACAAGUGAGAUUGAGGGUGUUGAUGAAUUUGGUAUCCAAACCCAGUCAUCUAAACUGAAGCUGUCGUCUGACGCAAAGCUACAGCGUGCAAAUAUGGACAACGUCUCCAACGUGGUCAACACUUCACCACUUUCGGGUCAGGAACUGUCUCAGGAUCUAUUCUCCCUGAUCGAUUCUUUCAAUCUCGAAGCCCCUGUUGAGAAUUUCAACGACGGCGACACACACGCAUUCCAGUCUGUUAUUGAAGACGUCAUAGACGCCGCGCCCUCAGGUGACGAGUUCGACUUUCUGGAUAAUAUUUGUGGUUUCUCCAGUAGCGACAUUCCCGUGAAAAACAAUAGUUCAUCAGUGACGGGCACAGCUUGUGUUUACACCUGUGCCUCGGAAAAAGACAGGCGCGGCGACCAGUUAACGUGCGCACGGACUGAUUCGUCAACGUGCAUCAGCGGAGUGUACGACACGUGGAACGCGCUGUCUCCCGCCGAUCAAGAACUGCUUGAAAAAUUACCUGUCUUUUUAGAAAAUGUUGACUCUGUGUUGAUCUCAAAUUCGACGAAUGGGCGUGUUCGAUCGAAGAAGCGAGAAUGGGACUCGGAAAUUCACGAGGUUGAACCUCGCAAACGAUUACGAUCGGAGGAUACGCUUGGUAUCUUCAACCAUUCGAAAGACGAUGCAAAUACUGGCAUUUUAUCACGUGAUAAUAUUUGCGCGAGGGGAUCAUGACAAUCUUUUAUCGCCAUAUGCAUAUUGUUGCAUGUCAUAGACGUUGUUACUCCAUCGAUUCCCAUCAAAAGUGUUCAUCGAAGACCGACUGUUGUGAUUUUUAUGGAACUGAAAGAAAGUGCCAACUGUUGUUUGUUUUGUGUUGUUUACAUAUGUUAAUUAUGAAUGACGGAUGCCGCCUUUUAUAAAGUUAUCUGUCAAAGUAGAA